UCCAAAAAUGUAAACAACUGUGAACAUAACCUGAAUCCUCAUGCCAAAAUAGAACUAUUUAUUUUUAUUUUUUAGUUAUUUUAAAAUUUAAGUCAUAGAAGACAAUGUCUUACAGAUAUUCUACGGCACUGUCUCACAUAGUAUUAGCAGGAACAGGAAUUUAUUGCCUAAAUCGUUACCACGGGGCUAAUCUACCUGUGUGUGCAUACUCGAUCAUAGUAACAAAUUCACUUCUCGGUGUUUGGAGAUGGGGUAAUCCUCACUAUGGGCAUAAAAUUGAUCGACUGUACAAUUUCACUUCACUUUUACAAAUAUUAACGUCACUGCCUCUCGUUGUCACACAAGUCUGGCUAAAUUUAGGUUAUAAAGAGGAACUGGCCGUGUUGCACUGUGGAGCUUCCAUUCUUCCAUUUUGUUUAUACCUAGCUGGUAGAUCUAAGGAAGAUAUUAUCGAUGCAAGUAUUGCAUUAAACGUUAUAUCACUGGGUGUCAUAUCUUUACUACAUGAAAACUAUUACGGUGUAGCGGCGUCAAUAUCGUACUUCUUUAACCACUUUUUCUUAAGAGAAGGUCAAUUUGAUGUCGAUAUACCUAUCACAGAUUUGUAUAACUACGGUCUAAGUUUUUUUUGUUAUUUCUCCUACAGAUCUUUAUAAGUAUUUUUAUAAAUUGUAUAUUGUUGACUAAUCUGCAUCUCGAAAUAAUCCAUAUCAGAGAAUCUGUUGAUA